AUGGCCUGCAUGAAGAAGAAAAACGAAAAACAAAAAAGGAGAAAGAAACUAUUCCCUCUUCCUCUUCACACCGCCGUCCACCCAUGUUCUUCCUCUCAUCCUCGAUGGAACCGCCAUAGCCACCCAAACACGUCACCCCUUCCACUACUCCCGUUUCCACCGCACCCGCCUUCCGCCGGAGACCGCUUACACAAACCACAUCUCCACGCCGUCUCCGCCCUUUGCCAACCAAACACGUCACUACCUUCACCGACGUCACACGAUACAACCCACCACACCUCCGUCGAACCACAACAGCGCAAACUCACCACCGCCGCGACGCCAUCUUCACCGGUCAACCUACGUCGUGCAUCUCCUACCCUCCGGCACAACCAAAUCAACACCGUUGAAACCAUUUCGACACAACCUUCACACUGCCAUCACCUAUCCCCCAUUUCCGGCAUUAUCAAUUUCAAAUCCGGCAUCAUGACCUUCGACAAUAUCGUCGCCAUGUUUUCGGUCUCACGGUUUUUCCGUAUCGAGCUUGGCUUUGUUCGCAUUUGCAUUUCGCAUUGCAGAAUGACUUUCGUGUGUUUGGUUGCGUUUAGAGCUUGUGUGCGUGCUAUGUUAUGGCUUGAAAUGCAGAGUAUACUACUUUAUAAGUUAUAGUAUUAUGUAUUAUUUUAUAAGUUACAGUUAGUAAGGAGGUUGAAAUAAAGAAUUGGAUUUUAAA